CCCUAUCCCGCCUUUUUUUUAGUAUUGGCAAUAUGUCCCUUAGAUCAUUUAGUCACUCUUUAGUUAGCAACCUAAAGCCUAUAAAUAAUACAAUCAUUCGUAGCUACGCUACACAAAAGAGAGCCCCUGUUCACCCUCCUCGACGCACCUUUCUUUAUAAUAAAUACAAUGACAUCAUUAAGAACAACCGAGCUGUUUUUAUAUUUCAACACAACAAUCUCAAUGUCAAGGAAUUUACUCAGAUCAGACAAGGCUUGAGCCAAAUACAAGGUGGAUCGGAAACAACAUUGACCGUCUUGCGUCCUAGUAUCUUUGCAGCUGCCCUGCGCGAAACAAGAUAUCUCAACCUGGAACCCUUAUUGACCGGGCCAACCUGCGUCUUUUACACCAAUGUUUCAGAUAACGAACACCCAGAGUUACUCAAAAAGUCAGUAGAGAUGCUUUCAAAGAACAAAAAGAUGUUGCUGUUGGGAGGAAAAUUAGAUGAUAAUCUAUUGACACAAGGUGAUGUAUUGAAGGUGGUGGAAUUACCACCUCUUGAUCAACUUCGAGCUCAACUUGUUGGUGUUGUCGAAGCUCCUGCUCGUAAGUUGAUCAGUACGUUGAGUCAACCUUCUAGUGAAUUACACAGUGUGUUGAGCAGAAGAAUCUAAGAAGAUGUUUAUUAUUAAAAAUAAAAUAGUGCACAGUUUUUUAAUGUAUAGAACAGAAAAAAAAAAGAGGGUUGUUCAUAGGUGUUUGAUUGUAAUCAUGUAGUCAAUGAUUCUAUCAUGGUGUGAAAGUAACUUUAGAUGAAUUUGGGAAAGUAGGUCAAGGCCUACUCUAACGCCCUUCAAUAUGAAUCAAGCGUGCCUAGACAAAGAAGUAAAAUUUUUAUGCUAAUACUUUUC